CUGUAUAUAUUCUAAAUUAAUAUACAAUGUCAAAUCAGUUCCGUGCAGUUCGCUAUUCAAAUACCUGUGUGUACAAAAAUUGCAGUAAUGGGAAAUGUAAUGGAAAGCGCCUAUUCAGGUUUCCCAUGCAAAACGACGCAAGAUAUCAUCAAUGGAUAUACAAUACAGGUAGAUCUUUAUCUCAGCGAAGAAUGACUUGUCGAAUUGACGUCCAUUUAACUGAAAUACUAAGUUGGAGACAUGGUCUCCGAAUACCCUUCGAGCUGCGGGAUUGUGCGAAGAUCAUUUUGUUGUGACGUCCUUUAAAAACCCACAAAAAAUAAAAUUGCGUAGAGAUGCCGUACCAAUUCCGUACGACGAAGAUGCCUCUUCUGCAUAUAAAGAUAAUAUAGAAAUAAGAGAGGUACAAAGGGACGUUGCAGAAUUAUCUUUACCCAAUCACCAAAAUAUUAUAUUAGAAAAAGAAGAACUUCAACAGUCUGCAGUACGAACAUAUGGAUCUGGAACUAUACUUUUCGACAUUACUGCAGAAGAGGAAGAUGUCAUGGAAUGGAUGCAUUUGGAACCAGAACCACACACACGUGAGAAUGUGAAACGAUAUGUAACACGACGAUGUAUUGAAAAAAAUGAUUGUAACUAUUGUCGUCAAAUAAUGUUAAAAACACCAAUGGAAGACGUAACAGCUAAUGAAAAAUAUAUCGAAUAUCGAGAAUAUCCUAAUGCAGAUGAAGAUGCGCCGACAGUCACGAAAUUAGUUCGACCAACAAAUCUUUUUAUAAAUAUCAUUAAAACACAGUUAAUGGCUUUUAAUCAUUCGUGGCAACAUCACUGGGCAUCCACACAACUUCUUGAAAAGAUGAUAAAUGAAGUUAUUAUGAUGUCAAGAUCUCUCAAGGUGAGCAUCGCAACUGUGUCAGUCGGUAGUCCCGCCGGACGAAUUGAAGCGGCAAUAGGAAGUAAAUAAAUAUAGCCCUUGAAAAUCGUCUCCAUUUAGCAAAUAAUUUCGAAUAUUACAUUAGAGGAAUAUAGCGAGACCAAAGAGAUUGUUCGUAUUACGGUUUCUCCUGUACUCUUGUAUUACUACCGCCAGCGCAAAAUAAAACUUGUUAGCUUUCUCAAAAUUGGCGUGC